UCCGACCAGUUUCCACAGACCGCACAAUCAUUCCCCCUGGACCAUCAUGAAGAUUCUCUCGUCUCUCGUCCUCGCUACCAUCGCUCUUGCGAAUGGACAGAUCACCUACCUUGAUGCCCCUGUCGAGGGCUGGAGAGCGUCGUUUGCUCCCAUGGAGCAAGGCAAUGGCGUCUUUUUGUCCCCCGACGGCAGUAUGGUCGUGGCAAUUGCCAGCAACUGUCUCGUCCGUGCCUUUGGACAAGCGACCGGAGAAGUCCGAUGGACCUCCAACCCGCCACCAGGCGACGGAAGCUCGAGCUGUAAUGGCGGAAUCACGUUCAACGAUAACGCCGAUAUACCAUACUUCACUUACAUGGUCAACGACAACGUGCAAGGCACCAUCUCCACGCGUGUUAUCAUGGGAGACAUUGACACUGGUGAUGUUUUGAUGACAUCCGAAGUCCUUGCCGGAAGCAGCGCGGGAUCUCCUCAGACUACCUUGGACGGGCGCCACAUCAUGUUCACCCACAAUGAUGGAGGUACAGGCAUGUUCUCCAUCUUGGAUACUAUGCAAGAUCCUGACAUGAGUGGAAUGACCCCCAUCAUCUCCCCCAUCUUUUCGGAAUCCAACGCUACCGAACCCUUCUCUGCCGUUGGUGUCUUCCACGACCCUAAUGGCGGCAACUAUGCAGGCGGCCUUACCACCAACAGGAACGAUAUUUUUGUUUGGUCAUUAGCUACCAACUUUGAUGUCAACAACACACGUCCUCCGGUUGGUGAGGCUGGAGUCUUUGGAUUUCAGUUCCCAGUCGACUUCAACAACACUGGUGACGAUCUCGACAUCUUGUAUUUUGGAUCCUUCAGCUUCCAAGCGACGACUCGCCCAGUCCUCGCCUCCAACGGAACAAGCAUGUACUGGGGUGUUACCAGAGGCGAGUACCGUGCAUGGUUUCAACGAGCCUUCGACCGUCCUAUCACGGAAUUAGUUACCCUGAGUCGCGAUAAUGUUGUUCCUUCCCUUGGCGCUCGGGCAGCCGUCACCCUCAGCAGCGACCCGAUUAAUCCCAUUGUGUUUGGACCCGGCCCUAACGAGGAAUUCUUCCGCGGUAACUCUGAUUUCAGCGAGACAACCAUUAUUAGUACAUCCCCAAGUGACGCUAGUCCUUACGGUGAAGGAAUAGUUUCCGGACGCGCGGCUGUUUCGCCCGACGACCAGUUUGUCUAUUAUGCUACACAGGGCGGGCUUCUGACUCAAGCCGAAACUGACGCACUCGCCUCUGUCUGGACCACGGGAGGCGCUGCUAAUAUCACGAUUGAGAGUGUCCGAGGAGAUCUUGCUAUUUCUCGUGACGGCAGCCGCGUCUUUGUCCCUGACACCGUUUCUGCGAGUGGUUUUGUGAUUGCUGUUCAAGUUGCCGAGGUAGGAGAAACUCCUCCCCCCACUGGCGCGCCGAUUUCUAUGGACAUGUCCAUGGCACCAUCGGGAGCCGACGGGUCGUCUGGUACAGCAGCUCCCUCCUUGCCGGACGGUGCCACCGCCCCUCCCAAUGCUGAAGGCACUGAUGCCCCUGGCUCUACCCCUGCCCCCGCCCCGGCAUCUUCAGCGAUUCGUGCGUCCAUGAUUGCUCUCGUCGCAAGUUUGCUCGUCUUUGUUUUCUAAAAUAUUUGAAUGUUGAUGUGCUGACCAAGGAUAGUUAAUAAUCAGUAUUUAAGAAAUAUGUGAUAAGUCAAC